GAUACUCAGUAAGCCUACGUAGAUUUGAAUUUAACGCGAAUUAGAACGCUGCUCGAAGGUAUAAAAACAACAACGAAACUUCAAAAAGUGAAGCAUAGUACAAAUAAGUGAUUCGAGACGGCCAAACGACGACGUAGCGAAUUUGAGAAUUUCCGAAGGAUUUCCAGGUGACAGAACUGUCAUGACAGAAUUCGAUAAUAGUGUAUUAGAAUGUGACCCAAACGCAUCAUCAAGCCCCAGCUAUUGCGUCAAUACAGCUUGUUCAUCAUCUUUAUAUGCCAUUGACGGAGCCAUUAAAGCAAUUCAAAGAGGACAAUGUGAAGGGGCAAUCGUCUGUGCAUCAAAUUUUUGUCUAAAACUAUCAGAAAAUCCAAUACUCACUCCAUAUCUCAGUAGCUCGGAAAAAAGCUCGCCUUUUGAUUCUAAUGCCGACGGUUACGUUCGAGCCGAUACAGUGGCUGCAGUCUUUCUGCAAAAAAGAAAACACGCUCGAAGAGUUUAUGCGAAUGCCAUUCAAUCAGCUACUAACUGCGACGGAUUCAUUGGGGGUGGAACGGGAACACCUUCCGUCAAACAGCAAAUAAAAUUAUAUGAACAAUGUUACAAAGAGAUUAACCUGAAUCCAAGAAAAAUUUCCUAUAUUGAGGCUCAUGGUACAGGAACACAGGCAGGAGACAUAGCAGAAGGAACGUCGAUCAAUGAGUUUUUUUGUGCUGAACGCAAAUCUCCUCUAAAAAUAGGAUCAGUAAAAUCGAACAUGGGCCAUUCCGAAGCAGCAUCCGGAGUAUGCGGUUUAAUUAAAAUGAUCAUUGCUUUCGAAUCGGGAAUUAUUCCUGCAAAUUUAAGAUAUAAAACACCGAAUCCGGAAAUCAAAGGUUUAAUCGAUGGGCAUCUCGAGAUUGUUUCAAAAUCCAUCCCUUUGGAAGGUGAAUAUUUCGCAAUAAAUGCCUUUAGAUUUGGAGGAGCUAAUGGUCACAUGAUUAUAUCUCCCAAUAAAAAAAUAAAAAACAAGAAACCAGAGUUGAAUGAGAAAAUACCAUUUCUGGUCACUGCUUCUGGUAGAACUGAGGAAGCAGUGGAUUGCAUUUUAAAUAAUGUAAGACACGAAUAAUAAUAAAAUUAUAACUCAUUCAUUCGUAAGUCCACAUUAAAACUUUACACAAGUUUUUUUUUUUUUGGGGUGUUUAUAAUUACAAGAUUAUUACACCCGUAAGGGGGGGGGGGGUUAGAUUUGGUUUGUGAGGUUGAUGUUUUUUAUUAGGGAGAUGAAUUUUUGAAUUUCUGAGGGUUCGUCAGGGAUAGUAGGUGGGUUUUCUUUUAUCUGUAGCGUAAGUCUGUUUUGUUUUAGUUGGGGGCAGUUGAAAAGUAUGUGUUGGAUGGAUGUGGGUUCGUUUCUGCAAAAUUGGCAUGAGGGUUUUGGUUCUUUUUGGUAUAAGUAAUACCGAAAAUCGUGUGUUCAGGCAAAGAAAAAUACUUCCUCACAAAAAAAUCAAAAUUCGAAAAGAUUCAAAAAAUGAUCAAAUUUUUAUUUUUUUGUUGUGAGUGUAAUUUUUAUCAACUUUUUCAUGAAAUACGCCAGAAAGAGGUCAAAAUAAGACAUCUGAAUAAAUUUAAACUUUUUUUGAUGAUUGAAAUUGAAAAUUGAAUUUUGUCAAAUUUUGAUUUUUUUGUGCGAGGAAGUCAUUUCAUCAAGUGAAAGGGUUUUUUCAACUUUUUCGGCACAUACGUAAAAAUAGAGGUCAAAUGGGUCAACUUCACCUAUCAAAACUUUUUUUCACGUUUUAAAUCAAAAAAUAGCAUUUUUUCGCAAAAUUUCAAUUUUUUAAAAUCGACUUUGCAACAUGUUACC